GCUCGCUCGCUCCUCGUCAAUUUCAGUAGCCAUUCCACGACCGCCCAGAGAAGACCCGCCUCCUCCCCGAGCUCCCUCUCCGUCCUCGUCGUCUCCUUCUCCCGCUUCCCCCCACCCAACCAACACGUUGACACGCAGACACGCUUCGCCAGGCGUCGGAGCGGCAUCGGCGAGCCAUGAAGGGCGGCGGGGCCAUCCGGAGCGGCGGCGGGGGAGGCGGCGGGCUGAUGCGGACGCGGCUGCGGCUCCCCGUGGUGCUCCUCUCCUGCUCCCUCUUCUUCCUCGCCGGCUUCCUCGGCUCCCUCCUCUUCACCCAGGAUCCGCAGGGGGAGGAGGACGUGGAGCGGCCGCUGCGGAGGGAGCGGCUCAUGGAGGCGGUCUGGCCGGAGAUGGCGUACGGGGAGUCCGGCGAGCCCGCGCCCUCCUUGAUCCCUUACCAGAUUUUGAGCUGGCAACCUCGUGCAUUAUAUUUUCCACAAUUUGCAACAGCAGAACAGUGUGAGAAUGUGGUAAAAACUGCGAAGGCACGGCUUAGGCCAUCAACAUUGGCCUUAAGGAAAGGAGAAAGCGAGGAGACUACAAAAGGAAUAAGGACAAGCUCAGGCACAUUCCUUAGCGCCGAAGAAGAUCCAACUGGAGCCCUUGCAGAAAUUGAAACGAAGAUUGCAAAGGCUACCAUGAUGCCGAGAAGUCAUGGAGAGCCCUUUAAUGUCCUUCGGUAUGAGAUUGGACAGAAGUAUGCUUCACACUAUGAUGCAUUUGACCCGGCUCAAUAUGGUCCACAGAAAAGCCAAAGGGUGGCAUCUUUCUUGCUCUAUCUCACGGAUGUCGAGGAAGGUGGAGAAACCAUGUUCCCGUAUGAGAAUGGGGACAAUAUGAACAUAGGCUACGACUAUGAACAGUGCAUCGGCUUAAAGGUAAAACCGAGGAAGGGCGAUGGCCUCUUGUUUUACUCCCUUAUGGUAAAUGGUACCAUUGAUCCGACUUCACUUCAUGGAAGCUGCCCAGUGAUCAAAGGAGAGAAAUGGGUCGCCACGAAAUGGAUUAGAGACAAGACGGUGUAAAUGAGGCUAACAAACAGAGGCUCCACGUCCUAAAUAGAUCCACACAUACAUAGUAAUCAUUUUUUUUUCUACACGAUCAUGUACCUGUACAUUACAUUUAUUCAAUUUCCAUCGGCCUUCAUGAACCAGUGAGGUAGGGGGGGAACAACUUGCAGUUUCCAUCUGCUAAUUUGACAGACGUGUUAGUCUAAUCUUGGUGGCUGGGCCAUGUAUCUCUUCUUUUCUACUUCUUCGGUUCCAAAGUAUACCUGAACUUAUAGCUUUGUGCUAAGUCAAACAUGUCUGUUUGACUAACUAUAUUACAAAAAUAUGUUUUAUGGUGAAUCUAAAGAAAUCAAUAUUAUGUUGCAGAUAA